GCCGCUGGCAGUACCUGCUAGCUAUACCUGUGCUCCCAACCGUCCUACUCUCAUACUUCUACUCCGUGCAGCUACUUCAAUCAUAGACUCCGCUGAAUGUUUUGUCUUUCCUCCCACUGCCAGAGAUCCGCUCGUUCGCUUGCUCUGUCCUGUCCGCAUACCACUGUCCGUUGUCAUGACGCCCGGGCAUUUUCCGCCACGCCCACUUCCCAGUCUGGCUUUCGCCACGCUCCUUCGUCAUGGCGGAUGACGCGCCCCGUUACCGUGGCGAGCUCCAAGAAAAGCUUGUCUGCGCCAUGGCCAAAUCUCGUCUCUCAUACCUCUACUCAUCGUAUGCGCCUUGGUAGACUGCAUUCCGCUGCCCGAUUAUCGAAGCUCGCAGGAUCGACAAUUCCAAACCCAUACUCAUCCGUUAGAUUAUUCUCGUCUGGGGCAGUGUGUGGCGCGAUGAAGGCCGAAGAUUCGAAUGCUAGUGUUGGUGUCAUAGGCGCUAAAGACGCAUCGGUUCAGGACAAUCGUCAGAGUGAGGUCCCUCCCGGCAUGCCGGCGCAGGAUGGCUCGUUAGACCCGGAGUCCGAGGAGGAUGUGCCCCUCGAGCCAGAGGAGCUGCAGGAUGCUUUGACUCGGCCUCCGCCGGUCAACAGUAGCUAUCUACCGCUUCCUUGGAAUGGACGGUUAGGAUAUGCUUGUUUGAAUACGUAUCUACGGUACUCCAAUCCUUCGGUAUUCUGUUCACGAACCUGCCGUAUUGCUUCGAUCCUCGAAAACCGCCAUCCGCUGCAAGAUCCCUCACAGCCGCCUCAUUCAACCAAGAACCGCCCUGACCGGGAACAACCUCCAGAUGUCGCCCGUGGCCAGGCCUAUGUGGAGUCCAUAGGUCUCGCCAAUGCUCGCGAUCUCACCAAGAUACUCGAGUGGAACGAUAAAUAUGGCAUCAAGUUCAUGCGCUUGAGCAGUGAGAUGUUUCCUUUUGCCAGUCAUAAGGAAUAUGGGUACAAAUUGGAACCAUUUGCUGCAGAUGUCAUGGCCGAAAUAGGUCGAGUCGUAGCCGAGCUGGGCCACCGCGUCACGGUCCAUCCUGGUCAAUUCACCCAGCUGGGCUCUCCAAGAAAGGAGGUUACAGAAAACUCAUUUCGCGAUUUGGAAUAUCAUUCCGAAAUGCUACGGCUUCUGAAGUUGCCGCCACAGCAGGAUCGUGAUGCAGUCAUGAUCCUCCAUAUGGGCGGUGUGUUUGGUGACAAGGAGGCGACUUUAGACCGGUUUCGAGAAAGCUACGCCAAUUUGUCGCAGGACAUCAAGAAUCGACUGGUUCUUGAGAAUGAUGACGUGAGCUGGUCGGUCCAUGAUCUGCUCCCUAUAUGUGAAGAGCUCAACAUCCCGCUUGUCCUGGAUUUCCACCAUCACAAUAUUGUCUUCGACUCGGACCAGCUUCGCGAAGGUACGCUGGAUAUCAUGGGUCUCUACGAUCGCAUCAAGGCGACUUGGACGCGCAAAGAUAUCACGCAAAAGAUGCAUUACUCAGAACCCACUCCAGGUGCAAUCACAGGUCGCCAACGACGGAAGCACAGUCCUCGUGUUGCUACUCUUCCCCCAUGUGAUUCGACAAUGGACUUGAUGAUCGAAGCCAAGGAUAAGGAGCAGGCCGUUUUUGAAUUGAUGAGGACAUUUAAACUGCCAGGUCAUGAUCUAGUCAACAAUAUCAUCCCUUACAUCCGGACAGACGAGAACAAACCGUUCAAGCCACCCCAACGGUCUCCUAAAAGGAAUGGAUUUGUCAAUCUGGAAGCUUUGGUUCCUCCAGAGCGUACCUUUCCUGAAGAGGAAGUAGGCAUGGGUGGCCCUGAGCGAAGAGUAUAUUGGCCUCCUGGGAUGGAAGAGUGGCUUCGACCAAAGAAGGUUAUUCGAACCAAGGCAGCCCAGACUGGGACCGAGAGGCAAAACAACAAAAAAGCAGCCGAAAAUGGUGCAGCUGAGACUGCUGCGGCUGAGGCUACUACGCCGGAAACGCCACCAACACGCAAGACCACGGCACGGGUCAAGCGUACGGCUAGUGUGAAGAAAACAACUACAACCAGGAAACGCAAGGCUUCGGAGACGCCUGUGUCGACGCCAUCAGAGUCGAAUGAUGAGGCUGCGGAACCAGUUGAAUCAACCGCACUUACUGCAUCGCGAAAAGGCCGUCGAAGUGGACGGGCGAAGAAGGUCAAUUACGCGGAGGAAAGUGAGGCAGGUUGAUCGUGGUGGAUGUCAGACAUUAGACCUUGUCUUUGCAGGGCAUCGGUUUGUUAGUCGACACACUUGUCUCUUCUGAGGAUGACAUAGGACCUGCCAACGUGCAACUCCACCACAACACCAUCGCUUGCCGAGAAGCUAUCAUUUAGUCCAGCUCUCGGGGUUCUUCAGUUCCCCGGAUGCGAAUAACAUUACGUUCGGCCGUUGAGUCUAGGAUAUAUUCCUGUCUCAUUCGAAUAUCAUUUCCGGACAGCGAUUUCUGAUCCGAGGCAACUCUGUUAUUUACUCGCAGCCAGCUGCAGCUUAUAUAGAGCAUAUAUCAUAAAUAUGCACAGGAUUUUGUAAUUCAAAUUUUCACUUGGUAG